AUGUCGUUUUCCGACCUGCGAUCCGCUCGGCAAUCCAAACAAUAUCGAUCAUGCGUGAAAGCGGUCGCCUCCAUUGCUCAGGCUGCACCUCCACUACGUUCGGCGAAUGACAAAAGUGAAAGAGGUACACCGGCUGGAACCAGUGAUGGAUGCGAGGUAGUUGACUUGAAAGGCCUUCACCAAUCUCUGCCAUCAUAUUUGAAGAUUCGCAAGACAGACCGAGCAGGGCGAGGAGUUUAUGCAAAGAACGCAUCCAAGACAGGCUCAGUUUUAUUUUUCAGAAAACCUCAUGUCAGCGUGCUCUCGACAUCGUGCAUCGAUACCCAUUGCUCGUCCUGUUGUGAGCCUGCUCCCGACUCGGGCUUGAGACGCUGCACGCGCUGCCGUUCCGUGUGGUAUUGCGGCAUUAAAUGUCAGAACAGCGACUGGUCAUUGCAUAAGAAUGAGUGCAUCGCGUUGCAGAGAUGGGCGACCUCCGCUCCUUCUCCAGAGUUGGCCAUUCCAAGUGAUGCUAUCAGAUGCCUGGGCAGAAUUUUAUGGAGUGCACAAAAGGAGGGUCUAGACAGUCUUUGGACAAGAGAAAUAUACACGAUGCAAUCCCAUAGAUCAUCUUUACCGCCUUCUGCAUUCGAGUCACAUACACAUCUAGCUCAUUCCAUAGUUCGGUAUGUUGGCGUGUCUUCUCCCACAGAACUGGCAGCGUUCGGACUAUCAUCCGCAGGAGACCUGGUCGAUCUUAUCUCACGGUUCACUACGAAUACGUUCACGCUUACAUCGCCCUCGCUUACACCAUUGGGAGUGUCUGUUUGUCCUACUAUCGCGUUGGCCAACCAUUCAUGCGACCCGAAUGCUGUGAUUGUCUUCCCCAGAGCGUCAAGUGACCCUCAGGCUCAGGAGCCCUUGAUGCAUCUUGUGGCCAUUAAGGAUAUUGCUCCGGAUGAAGAGGUGCUCACCGCUUAUGUCGAUACAACUCUUCCCCAGGCUAAACGACAGCGGGAGCUCGAGGAAACAUACAAUUUUUCUUGUGGAUGUGCGCUGUGCAGCAAGAAGUUGACAAUCGAUCCUCGUGCAUCCAUGUGGUGUCCGGAGAAGUGCGGCGGCACUUGUCCAGUACCUACCGAAGAGAACAAUUUCAGUCGUUGCACACAAUGCCGAGCAGUGGUCUCUUCGACUAAUGCCGUGCUGGACGCACUGCGCCUGGGCCAGGAAGCCCUCGACAAGGCAUCGUUUCUCCAAUACAAGGAUCCCCGACGAGCAGAACGCCUCACGGCCAAUAUGAUCCCGAUCCUCUCAUCUGCUGGCCUCACACCGUCAUGCCACCCUCUUCUCGCCAUUUACCGUUUGCGGUUGGAGCUAUUGAUUGCUUCGCUAUCUUCUUCUAUAACUCAAGAAGUGCUAGACGAAACCAUUCGUACCGCCGCCAAGUACAGUGCGGGGCUGACCAGUGUCUUAUCGCCCGGACAUCCCGUUCGCGGCGUUGCACUCGCCGAACUUGGUAAGCUGCUCGCUGUUGAUGAGCCUUCCUCACCUGCAACGGGAGGCGAGACAAAGUUCCCGCCGUCUGGAGCUGCACGCUUGAGGUUGGCGUAUGAGACACUGGUGCGCGCACGCGACGAAUUGGUCGUGGGCUUUGGAUCACAGACGGGAGGAGGCUUAGUGGGACAGGAAGUGAGGGAGACGCUGAUCAGGCUAGAGAAGGAACUUGGCGUAUGGACUCAGGGCAUCCGGAACGUCAUUGUGGAUACGCCGGUCGAAAAAACGAGUCAGUGA